AUGGUUGCUAGGAACGGCCAUUUCUUCUUCAGCGAGGAAGAAGGCCAGAUGAAUUUGAAUGACACUUUGGUGGUGAUUGAUAAAACCUACACUUCUGAUCCAGUUGCUUACACUUCCUCUACCUUUCUUGAAAAUUUAAAUGUGGAAGAUCAAUCUUGCUUUGCUUUUGUUGCUAAUCAAAGCUUGUGGAGACACGAUAAAAGAAUUCGAAAUGCAACUGUUCUUGAUUGGUAUGCUGGAGCCAUCUCUCAGCCUCAACUACUUCUGGCAGAUCUUAUUGAAGUUUUAUUUCCAUCCGGAAAUUACACAACGACAUAUUUCAGAAAUAUUUCUAAGAGGGAAGGAGUCGUAAACAUUGGUCCUGAAAUGUGUGACAGAGAUACUGCCAUGGAACCUAUAAUUGUAGCUUGCGAGUGA